AUGUCCAGCGAAGACCUUCCCGGUGCUGCUGCUUACGCAGACGACUUGAAGACAUUCAGCAGCACCGUGGACGGUAUCGGGCGUCAACACUCGGUGGUGCACGACUUCCUACGCUGGACUGGCAUGAAAGGCUAA